AUGGCCUCGUCUCAAUCUCACGGAGCGUCCACCGACAAGGGCCAGAAGACGCCCACCUCCCCUCCACCGGGCAUCCCUCGCACCUCGUCUGCCUCCUCGAGUGGUUCCCACAAACCCGACCCCGGGCGGAAGGGCUCGAGAUCCGAUCAGCCCCUCGUUGAGGAGGAUGAGCGACCCCCCGUCCCUGCCAAGUCCACGCCGGCUCCGAGUAAGGGCGACGAGGAAUCGGCCAAAGUCGGGUUCCCCGAAGUCACCAUUGCGGUGGUUGGUGAGGAGAAUGCGGGCAAGAGCAGCUUCAUUCGUCGCGCCUUGGACUUGAAGACGACGCCCGCCGCAAAUUCCAGCAAGAAGAAGAUGUCGCUGGAUGGGUCGGUCUACAUCGUGCGCAUGCUCGAGGUGGAUCUGAAGGAGGUCCGGCUGGGCAGCAAGAAGAACAUUUUAUGGCCCAAAUCUUCGCCCAGAAUUGACGGGGCUCUGGUGCUCCAUGAUGCCACGGAGCCGGAGAAGCUGGAAGAGAUGACCAAUCUACUGGACUCCCUGGAUGCCGCGGCGCUACCGUUCCUGCUGGUGGCAUGCAAAUGCGAUUUAAUCACUGACGACAGCAAGCUGGAGCCGCUCCAUGGGCGCUACGAGAUCCGCCGCACAUCUCCCGAAUCGCCGCGGUCGCAGCGGAUGUGUAUUGCACUGGUGCUGCGGACCAUCAUUGCGCACCGAGAAGACUUGUCCGCCCAACCUAAAAGUUCGAUUCCUCCUCCGUCAUACUCCCCCCAGAAAUCUCCCGACUCGACUCGCCAAUCCACCACCGACAGGCACCACGCCCGCGCCAAGUCCGAGAACCCUACUGCCUUGACCGGAGCCGCUGGCGGCUCAACAACGACGGCCGUGGAUCGGACAGUGGAUGGGGACGGCGGGAACCGUCGGCCCACCGACCAGACAUCCUCCUCCAACCUGGCUCACCAAACGACCGCCCGUCCGUCUAGCUCCUCGCGAUAUGCUCGGAGCAAUUCCCAACCUGUGCGACCGCAGACGCCUCCCUCUGCGCCUCGCCUGAACCCACGCCGACCGUCCGCCACGAGCGACUCGCCCAACCGAGACCAAAACCGCCAGCAGCGAAUGCAUACAGCCUGGCGUGAUAGCGUUGGCUUGGACGCCUUCAGCAGCUUCUUGAACAUGGACGAGGAAUUGGAAGACGGGCAGAGCCGCCCCACCAGUCCUGGUGGGGUGAUUCGAACGAAGCCUAGCAGCGAGAGCAACUCGAGUGCCGAAUCAGGGCUAUCAUUUGAUGAGCUGGUGGACCGUCUGGUUGCCAUGCCCAUGUCGAAGAAUGAUAACAAGUUCCAGUCAAUAUUCCUGUGCCUAUACCGAAAGUUUGCAGCACCUGCAAGUUUGCUGGGAGCGUUGAUCACUCGUUUUGACCGGAACGAGACAAAUACUACCGACCAGCUUGCCCGCAUUGCCGAUCAGCUGAGGCUGUUGAAUGUCGUUGCUCAGUGGGUGUCUGAAUAUCCUGGGGACUUUGCCUACCCCAAGACACGCAAACGCAUCGGCGAGUUCGUGGCAACCCUUGAGAAGAGCCAUUUCUACAUGUUCGCCGCCAAGGAGAUCGGAUCGUAUCUAGACUUGAAUGCCGAGGAUGACGAAGCUAGCUGGGCCUUUUCGGAUGGCGACGUCGAGGACAACGGCCAUACAGAGACAUUCUUCCACAAUUCUGGUCGAAGCUCGCCGGUUCCGUUCCUCACUUCUGCCUACGACGACGAGGAGGAGGAAGAGGAGGAUCCUAUCUACAGCAUGAGCGCACUCGAUCUCAGCGAUGGGCCGCAUGACUCGACUUCCCGGCUUUCCGCAAGCGUUUCCCUAUCUUCCAAUCCGGAGAAGCCCAGCAGUACCCUCAAUCUGUCGUUUACCAUGUUGACAACUGAGGCUGCUCAGAAAGAAGCUGCGCGUCUGGAGCUUACGCCUCGUACUCUUCUGACCAAGAUUCAGUGGCGGUAUUUUAUGGAGACACCGGAGGAAGAGUUCGCACGGGAACUAACGCGUAUCGAUUGGAUCAUGUACAACUCGUUCCGGCCACGCGAUCUCGUCCGCCAUGUGAGCAUCUCCGGCGUGGAUAAGGAGAAAAUCAAGAGUUUGAAGAAUGUCAACCGGAUGAUCAAGCAGUUCAACCACCUCGCUUUCUUCGUGGCGAGCAUGAUUCUCUUACGCGACAAGCCGAAGCAUCGGGCCAAGGCUUUGGAAAAGUUCAUGCUGAUCGCGGCGAAACUCCGCCGCCAAAAUAAUUACAACUCACUGGGUGCCGUCAUUGCCGCCAUCAACGGCACCCCUGUCCACCGCCUGAACCAAACCCGGGAUCUGAUCCCUGCCCACACGCAAAAGGAGUUCAUGCGGCUGGUCAUCCUCAUGAGCACCCAGCGCAGUCACUUUGCCUACCGUCUUGCAUGGGAGAACUCCUUCACAGAGCGUAUCCCAUUCUUGCCACUACACCGCCGUGACCUGGUUUCUGCCGAGGAAGGAAACAAGACCUUCGUCGGCGAGAAUCGGUCUCGGAUUAACUGGAAGAAAUUCGAGGUCAUGGGCGAGGUCGUGCUGGGGAUCCAGCGAAGCCAGAAGACGCCUCACCCGCAGGCUCACCGGUAUGAUGACGUUGAGCGGUUGAUUUUGAAUUCGAAGUUCUCUGGCGAUGAAGAGGACUUGUACAGCCGCAGUUUGUAUCUCGAGCCAUCGACCGGCGGUGAGGCACCGCGCAGAAAAUUCGGCUGGUUACGUUCAUGA